GGCUUCGGCCGCUCAUCUGCAUUUAAAAUGAGGUGUUCAAUUCAGCGCGAGUUGCAGUCGCCCAAACUUCUAAUUCGUCGUCCCAACCACAAACCUUCAUCCGUGCCGUCACCUGUGAAAGAUGUGAAAGAUACGGGAAAAUGCCUACCAGAGGAGGUCGCCAUUAAAGAUAAAAUUCCAGAAAAUGACACUGUAGCUUGCUACAUACCACAAACCUUAGAUAUCAGCCGAGAAACCUGUGGUGUUGAAGGUCUAAACAAGCUGAAAGGGGAAAUCUCUGUCAAAGACGAGAGCAAAGAAGAAGAUGAGGUAAAGGAUUUCGAGGAGAAGCUUGCAUUUGCUGCAUUUCUCCGUCUUUACAGAGAAACUCAUGGAGAGACAAGGGGCCAAUAUCGCAGCGGUUUUGCCAUGGCACGGGAUGCCCUAGCUUGUGCUUUCUGGAUAAUGGCCCUUCUCAUGUCACUCGACGUCUUCAUCAACGGUCCUCAUCGCUCUCAGGUCCAGUUCUUUGGACCACCUCCCACUUGAUGAUACCUCUCUCUCUCUCUCUAAACUUUUCCAACAAAAUCUCUCUCUUUCUGAUUGCCAGCAAAACUCUGUUUUCUCUCUCCCUCGAUGUCUCUCUAUUUGUGUGAAGGCGACUCGAAAGCGUGUGUAGGGUCCAUGUACAUAGGGAACAAUUUCUCACCAACAGUUUCAUUCA